AUGGACACUGCCAUCGACCUUUCCGAUGUCUCCAAGGCCUUGGAUCUUUCCAAUAUUCGAUUCCAGCUCAUUCGGUUGGAAGAUACCAUCACAUUUCAUCUCAUCGAGAGAGUACAGUUCCCCUUCAAUGGCACAAUCUAUAAGCCCGGCGCCCUCAAGAUUCCCAACAGCGACCUCAGCUUUCUCGAUUGGACACUACGCGAACGAGAGAAGCUAGACUCCCUAAUCAGAAGAUUCGAAUCGCCAGACGAAUACCCCUUCUUCAAAGAAAGUCUACAAAAGCCUAUCCUACAACCUCUUCACUAUCCCAAGAUACUUCACAAGAACGAUGUCAACGUGAACGAGAAAAUAAAGCAGAGCUAUAUCGAGCAUUUUCUCCCAGCAGCCUGUGCUGAUUUUGGCCGGGAAGAUCGGGGUGAGACUGAGGAGAAUUACGGUUCAUCUGCGACAGCCGAUAUCGCUUGCCUACAGGCGCUGUCACGACGAAUUCAUUUUGGCAAGUUUGUGGCAGAGUCAAAGUUCCAGUCGGAGAAGGAAAAGUUCACAAAGUUAAUACAAGCUGGAGACCGCGAAGGAAUUGGAGCUGCUAUCACAAAUGAGGCCGUGGAGAAAAAGGUUCUGGAGCGGCUAGGUCUGAAGGCUAGGACGUAUGGCACAGAUCCCAGUAUAGGUGCUGAUGGACAAGGAAAGAUUAAUGUGGACGCCGUUGUUGCGAUGUACAAGGACUUUGUCAUACCACUUACCAAGGAAGUGGAGGUUGAGUACUUAAUGCAGCGGCUGGAGUGA